GCCGCGCUCGGGUCGACAGGCGUCGCGCGCGCGAAUUCCCAGGCGUAUGCGAUUCCGAUCGCGACCUCCCAUCCCCCGCCCUCCCGCGCAGGCAUGGACUUCCUGAUUGGCUUCACCGGCAAGGAUUAUGCCAUCAUCGCCGCCGACGCCAACGCGGCGCGCUCCAUCAUGGUUUACUCGCAGCAGCUGGACAAAAUCCGCGAGCUCGACUCGCACAAGCUGCUCGCUGUUGGCGGCGACGCGGCCGACUGCAUCCAGGAGCCCGAGUAUAUUCAGAAAAACAUGACGCUCUACGCGAUGCGCAACGGCGUCCAACUCACGACUCACGCCGCCGCCAACUACAUCCGCGGCGAGAAGUCGUACAACCUGCGGCGCGCCAUGUCGCAGGUCGACAUGCUGCUGGUCGGGUACGACGAGGGCGUGGGCCCCUCGCUCUACUUCCUCGACUACCUCGCCUCCAUGCAGAAGCUCGACUAUGCCUCGCACGGCUACGGAGGCUUCUUUUGCAACAGCCUGCUCGACACGCACUGGCGCGCCGACCUCACCGAGGAGCAAGGGCUCGAGCUGCUCGAGCGCUGCUUCAAGGAGGUGCAGACCCGCUUCAUGAUCUCAAUGCCGAACUUCACCAUCAAGGUGGUCGACAAAAACGGCGUGCGCACCGUCGAGCGGAAGAGCUGAGUACCCGGGAAGAAGAGCGCCUUUGCUAUCGCUCGCGAGGUCAAGAGGUCAAACUGGGGCGUCGUCGAGAGAGACCGAGGCGGACGCCAACCCGCGGCCGCGCAACCCAACUCCGGGCGCCUGUUUCGACUCUGAAGGUCUUGCCGCGCGGCACUUUUGUCCUCACGGUGUGCUCGGUCGCGCCCCCCUUGCCACCCCCUUGAGUUUUCUGUAC